UAAAAUUAUGGUGCAAUCUUCGGCUCCAAUAUUUGUUGAACUUGGUAUUGUCGGUCCUGAUGUGCUAGAAAUCAUUUCAGAAUUAAUAUCACUUGUUUGUAUUUCAGCAUUAUCAGCAGCUAUUGGAUCAAAGACAUUUGGAGAGAGCUUAAAGACAAUAAAUUAUGGUCGUUUUUUAGUUAUUCUGCUUUAUUUAGUAUCUUGGGCCUUUGCAGUUACAUCUGUUGUAGUUGUGUCUACUAAUAAUAAUAAUAUAAUUUCAUGUACUCUAGGAAUGCUUUCCUGCGAUAUAUUUUAUGCUGGGAGUAAAAUUAUAAUUUAUGCUUGGUUAAUUGAACGUAUUCAUCUUGUUACUGCAGUAAAAACAUCUCGUUUUAAAACAUGUCAAUAUAAAGCUCAUAUAGGGCUUUUAUGUCCAUAUAUUAUUAUAUUCGUCCUGAUGUUAACUUAUAGAAAUAUAUAUCUCGAAUCUGAUGGAAAAUGUACUAUUGGUCUUCAAUUAGUUGCAAGUGUUCCUUUACUUGUUUACGAUUUUAUACUUAAUUUGUACUUGACUUGGCUCUUUAUGGCACCUUUAAUGAAUGUUGGCUUAUCCUCAAAGGUGAAUUGGAAGAGGUCAAAGCUGUAUAGAGUAGCACGUCAUACUUUGGUCGCCUCUAUUGUAUCUCUAUUAAUCUCAUUUGUGAAUGUAUUAGUUGUUGUUAUUACACAUGGUCAUGAAAGGGGUUUGGUUUGUCUUACAAUGUGUACACUAGAUGUGACGAUCAAUGCAGUAACUGUCUAUUGGGUUACAACAAAUCGUCGUACAAAUAAAACCAAAAAUACAAGUGGGAGAGGCAACAAACCUUUUCGUGAAUCAGAAGAUCGUAUCUCGGCUGAACUUACUUUUGAUGCUCAAGAGCCACAAAAUCAUGAUAAUAUUUCUAAAUAUGAGUUUGCUUCUAUACAUUUAGACCGUGAUAGUAAACUAAACAUGAAUGAAGAUGAUAGUGGCGAAAGUGUUAGAUCAAUACAGAUUUCGCAACUAAGUGCAAAACCAUUACACCGUUAUUAAUUCUAAUUUUGCUUUUUCUAAUAAAAUAUAUAAGACCAGUUUUGUUAUCAAGGUAAACAUGUAUAAAGUAGUUUAUUAAGAUUAUAGUGGCUCUAUAUAAAUAUAU